AUGAGUUCUCAAAGCCAAGGAUUCUGGGAGCCUCCCAAGAAGUGUUGCUGCCAGAAGGGAACACAGCUAUUGGGGCUGCUGACCACAGCAAUGUGGGCUGGCCUGCUGACCUUGCUUCUCCUGUGGCACUGAGACACAGUGAAGAGUCUGAAACAGUUGGAAGGAGCUGCUUACCAGAAUGUCUCUCAGGUUUCCAAAGACUUGCAAAACUAUCAAAAUGACCAGAUGGUCCAGAAAUCCCAAGCUGCUCAGAUAUCCCAGAAUAUGCAAGAGCUCCAAACUGAACAGAAGCAAAUGAAAUCUCAUGACUCUCAGCUCUCCUGGAACCUGGGCAGACUCCAAGAGGAUCUGAACAACAUCAAAUCGCAGAGCUUGAAUGAGAGGCAUACAACCUCAGAUUUGCUGGAGAGACUCCAGAAAGAGGUGGCAAAGCUGUGGGUGGAGAUACUAGUAUCAAAAGGUUCUGCAUGCAAAACAUGUCCCGAGAAGUGGCUCAGUUUCCAAAAAAAGUGCUACUAUUUUGGCAAGGGCCGAAGGCAGUGGAUCCAGGCCUGAUUCACCUGUAGUGAUUUGGAAGGACAGCUGGUCACCAUCCACAGCCAGGAGGAGCAGGACUUUCUGAUGAAACACACAAACAAGAAAGGCUCAUGGAUAGGCCUCCAAGACCUGGAUGUGGAGGGGGAUUUCAUAUGGAUGAAUGGGAGCCCUGUGAACUAUAGCAACUGGCAUCCAGGAGAGCCCAACAUCGGAGAUCAAGGGGAGGAUUGUGUGAUGAUGCAGAGUUCUGGCCAGUGGAACGAUGCUUUCUGGUCGCAGUCACUGGAUGCCUGGGUAUGCGAAAGGCUGCCCACAUGUGGACCCUAUACCCCCUCAGCCUCUGUGGGCCCAGAGCAGGACCUGCUUUGA